CGCCCGGCGAGGUCACCGAGCAGCUGGCACAGCUGGUGCGGGCGCUCUGGACGCUGGAGUACACCCCGCAGCACAGCCGCGACUUCAAGAACAUUGUGUCCAAGAACGCUAUGCAGUACCGUGGGAAUGCCCAGCACGAUGCGCAGGAAUUCCUGCUUUGGCUUCUAGACAGAGUCCAUGAAGAUCUGAACAAUGUAGUGAAUUACAGUGGCAUGCCUCCACUCAAGCCACCGCUGGAGGAUGAUGUGCUGCUCGAGGGACCAGCCUUUCCAAUCAGUAGUACUUUCGUGCAGGAACUCUUUCAAGCCCAGUACAGGUCCUCUCUGACGUGCCCUCAUUGCCAGAAGCAGAGUAACACCUUUGACCCUUUUCUCUGCAUCUCUCUGCCGAUUCCUUUGCCUCAUACACGGCCACUCUACGUCACCGUGGUGUAUCAGGGGAAGUGCUCUCACUGCAUGCGGAUCGGGGUGGCGGUGCCCAUCUCUGGAACGGUGGCCAGGCUGCGGGAGGCUGUCUCCUCAGAAACCAAGAUUCCCACGGAGCAGAUUGUGCUGACGGAGAUGUACUACGAUGGGUUUCAUCGUUCCUUCUGCGAUACUGAUGACCUGGACACCAUUCAUGAAAGUGACUGCAUUUUUGCCUUUGAGACCCCAGAGAUAUUUAGGCCCGAGGGUAUCCUCAGUCAGAGAGGAAUACAUGUGAACAAUAACCUGAAUAACUUGAAAUGUGGCACUGAGCACUCCCGAACAAUAUCUUACUCUCAAGGAACAGUGAAGUCUGGAAAACUGGAACAGUCCUCUACUAAACCAGCAGCAAACGACAAGAUUGUCUUGCUGGUGUGUAACAGAGCAUGCACUGGACAGCAGAGCAGAAGGUUUGGCUUGCCCUUUGUGUUGCAUUUGGAAAAAACAAUUGCUUGGGAUAUUCUACAGAAGGAAAUUCUGGAGAAGAUGCAGUAUUUUCUGCGGCCUGCAGCCUGCAUGCAGGUCUGCCCAUUCAGCUUGCGAGUGGUCAGUGUUGUGGGGAUAACGUACUUGCUACCUCAGGAGGAGCGACCCCUCUGCCAUCCAACUGUGGAAAGGGCAUUGAAGUCAUGUGGACAGGGGGGAACUGCUCAUGUGAAAUUAGUGGUAGAAUGGGACAAAGAAACUAAAGAUUACUUGUUUGUGAAUACAGAAGAGGAGUAUAUUCCAGACUCCGAAAGCGUCCGCCAGCAGAGAGAGCUUCAUCAUCAACCUCAGACCUGCACUUUAUCUCAGUGUUUCCAACUGUACACCAAAGAGGAACAGCUUGCCCCGGAUGAUGCAUGGCGAUGCCCACACUGCAAGCAGCUGCAGCAGGGUAGCAUCACACUGAGCCUCUGGACCUUACCUGAUGUUCUCAUCAUACAUCUCAAAAGGUUUAGACAGGAAGGAGACCGAAGGAUGAAACUUCAAAACAUGGUUAAAUUCCCCCUGAGUGGCUUGGACAUGACUCCCCAUGUUGUUAAACGCAGUCAGAGCAGCUGGAGUCUGCCAUCUCACUGGUCGCCCUGGAGGAGACCUUAUGGUCUUGGAAGGGAUCCUGAGGACUAUAUCUAUGACCUGUAUGCUGUCUGCAAUCAUCACGGCACCAUGCAAGGGGGACACUAUACAGCAUAUUGCAAAAACUCGGUUGAUGGCCAGUGGUACUGCUUUGAUGACAGUGAUGUUCAGCAACUUUCUGAAAAUGAAGUCUGCAAGCAGACAGCUUAUAUUCUUUUCUACCAGAGGCGCACAGCAAUCCCAUCGUGGUCUGCUAACAGCUCUGUGGCAGGCUCCACAAGCUCCUCGCUCUGUGAGCACUGGGUCAGCCGUCUUCCUGGUAGCAAGCAGCCCAGCAUUGCUUCGGCAGCAUCAUCACGACGCACGUCUCUGGCUUCACUCUCGGAAUCGGUAGAGCUGACUGGGGAAAGGAGUGAAGAUGAUGGAGGAUUUUCAACUCGGCCAUUUGUAAGAAGUGUCCAGCGUCAGAGCUUGUCAUCUAGAUCAUCUGUCACCAGCCCACUGGCAGUGAGUGAAAAUGGUGUUAGGCCCUCAUGGUCACUCUCUGCAAAACUGCAAUUCCGCUCCAACUCUCCAUCGCGCUUCUCUGGAGAUUCCCCUGUACAUACCUCUGCUUCCACCCUGGAGAAGAUUGGGGAGGCUGCUGAUGAUAAAGUCUCCACCUCUUGCUUUGGCAGCCUGAGGAAUCUCUCUAGCAGCUACUUGGAGCCCUGUGAUGGCAGUCGGCGAGAGAACAGGACAGCUCGCAGAGCUCCUUUGGCUGUCAUGGAAGGGGCAUUCAGGGAAGAGUCUGUUGUAAGGACAUCUAGCUCAGAUCUUUCAGAUGGGUAUGGUAAAAGCUCUGUGCAGCCAGACAGGAAUCACCCUGCUUUGGACCCUUUUGAUAACAACAAUCAAAUUGCCUUUGUUGAUCAGAGUGAUUCUGUGGAUAGCUCUCCAGUCAAGGAGGUGAAAGCCCCCAGUGCGAUAGGGCUCGCUGCAGAGAAGGCAGAUGGCACACCUAAGAAGGUUCACAGCUCCAAGGGAGUUUCUGAGCCAGACAAAAGUUUGAGGAAGGGAAGGACAGUCUUAUCUACCCAAGAGACCAAAGUCUCUCACUCUUCUCCACCACUAAAGAGUUCCCAGAAAGUUUCCCGGUCUAGAAGUAAGACGGAUGCCUCUAGGGCCAGUGGGCGACAUGGGUCUCCUGCUCCCACUCAGGCUAGGAAGGACCAUAGCACGAAGCCCCUUGAGGUGGCUGUCCCAUCGGCUCAACAGAAGCAAAAGUCAGGUUCUUCUCCAUCCUCCACAGCUGCCAAGAAAACCCCAUCAGGCUCAUUGACUAAGGGCUCUUCUGCUGGGAAAAGCCGGACUUCAGACCGAAGCCUCAGCAGGGAGGGCUCUAAGAUAAGUUUGGGGUCGGAUAAAACAAGCGUUACCAGCAGUUCAAGAACGAGCUCCCCACGGAUAAGCCACUCUAGGAGUGACAGCAGGGCAGUAGACAGCAAGCAUGUACGGAGUUCCUCUAUGGCCAACCUGCGGUCCCCAAAUGUUGGUGUGCGUUCUGGUUUGAAGAGGGACAGCAAGUCAGAAGAGAAAGGAUUGUCUUUCUUUAAAUCAGCCUUAAGGCAGAAGGAGACCCGGAGGUCAGCAGACCUGGGAAAGACGACGAUGCUCUCAAAAAAGACAGGGAGUGGCAGUUCCAAGUUAGGCAGUAAAAAUGUGCUGGAAGACAAAUCAGAGAAAGGUGUUGUCCCACCAGCCUCUCAAACCAAUGCCAACAUUACUGCAAAAGAAAAACUUGUCCCAAAAGAUGCCACACCCAACAAACAUUCUCUGCUAUCCAGUCGCAAGUCCAAGUCUUCCCAGCUAGAUCCCGGAGUCCAGUCUCCUCCUUCCAGUGGCAAGCAGUCUGCUGACAAGCCGCUGAAAAAAUUACCUUCCAGCAUGCAGGUGUCUGUACGGCCUUCUCUGGAACCUCAGUGAAAUGCUGCAAUCCAGGUGUCUUUUCUUCUGCUGAGAAGCUAAUUUAUUCUGAGCUCUUGUUUUUUUGUUCAUGUGCCUAAUGUAUGUUUUGAGGAGAAGUUAACUGCAAGUUGUUAAAGCGCCUUUUGAUUCUGCCAUCAAACCAAAUAGCUACAGGCAGCCAGCACUGAUGCAAGUAGUCUAGCUGGAGUCAUUGUUGAACAUGAAUGCAGCUGUCCCAUAGCACUUGUACAGGAGUCUCUUUAUGGAAAAUGCAACAACUUUCUUCAGAUUCAAGGUUUGAAAUCUGAAACCCAGUUGUACUGACGCUAGUGUGCUUUGUAGAGCUGUGAACUGAUAUUCCUUUGGUCUUGUUCCGAGCAGGCUGUGUCCACGCUGGUAUAUGGCCUUGUUCUGAGCUGUGGAGGAUGCGAAGGAAACUGGAGAGACUGCCGCUUCUUUUUGCUCUUUCUCAACCCUCUCUCCCUGCUCCCUUCCAUUUUUCAAGCUUUCUAAAGGGCAAUAUUUCAACACUAAUGUUGUUUCUCAGGUAUAUACUCAGCCAGUAUAGGAGGGACUAGCAUUAGUGGGUGGACAGAAAGGUACCUGUGAGUCCGUGUGUACAUGUGUCUGUCAGACUUCAUUUUUGCAUUCCAACAGCAGAAAGUUGGGUUUUUUUCAUGAAAUGUAACCUGCCUUUUUUGUUGCUAUGUCUAUGAAGAGUUUUACUCUGUCCACACCUAAGGCAACCUCUGCCCUGUCCUCUUUAAUUACUUUCUCUCUUUUGAAACACUAGACUAAGCAACAGAAGAAAUCACUAAGCAGCAGCUGGUUGCCAGCUCGUACCUGUGAAAGUGCUAGGUGGGAGAUGGUUGCAGUGCUGUAGGAGAGCUGUCUUCAUGCACCUGAAUGGCAGUGAUGCUGUUAGGAUCCCUGUUCAAACUCCUGAGAAGAAGCGUUUCCUAAUGUGCUCAGAUGUUUAAUCGUAGUGGUGUGAGUAUAGCAUCUGUUAUUUAUAGGAGUAAUGUUUAGAUAAGCCAAGUGUCGUCUUGUCUUCUCUGCCUUCUCUGAGCAUGCUUUGAACAAGCCUCUUCGUGCGGGUUGGAGCAGCUGUACCAAAAUACCGCAGAGCAGUUUUCACAUUCUCCAGAGCGCUGCUACGUUCCUCCCUUCAGCAUGCUUGUCACCUUCCUCGGUGGGUCUGGCUACCACAAGUCUCUUUGCAAAAUGAUUCCCAUUCUUGUUUGGAUGACAGUCUCUAUCAGGGUUAAAACACUGCAUCUAGUGACGUCUUUGUUUACAAGCCCUUCUUACAGGGGAGAUUCCUCAAGUUCUUUAAGAUUCCUCUUAAAAGGUGGAUUCCUUAAGUCCUUUUAUAUACAUGUGGUGUAAGCUUUUAUUUCAUGAGUUUUUAUUAAUGUGCUGCAUAUCGUUUAUGUACAGCAGCAAUCUGUCGUGUAGGUCACGACAUGCAGCAGCUGGGCAGUGGGCAGUGUGCUGGGCACGCUUGUCUUCUGAAUGAGGUCUUUGCCUGUCAUACAGUCUUGUGUAGCAAAGCUUCUCCAGGCGUAGCUUGUGGACAGACAUAUUUGUACAUCUUUUCUGUCAACGUAACAAACAGCCCUCAGACAAGUAGUGACUCUGAGUUAGUCUAUUCCACCUCCUCUCUUGAGCUGAUGUGCUGAUGACCCUGCAAGAAGCCUUGCACCCAGGUCUGCUGGGCACGUUGCUGCUCCGUGAUUACUUUUUAUACUUGGCUCACCACACGACUGCAGCAAGCUUUGGAGAGAAAUGUUUUGGGGGUGGCUGACACCUUGGAGAAAAGGCAGCGUGUGUGUAGAGCUGAGCUGGCGGUGCCCCAGACCUCUGGUCAGUGUGUGACAGUGAGCCCACCUGCAGUAUAACCCUCGCUCUGUCCUAAUGUUGUUCUGCAGUACUUGCCUUCAUGCAACCCAGAAGCAAUGCCAGUAGCCUGCAUGUUUUUACAAUGUGCUGGACUCUGUGCCCUGGACUAUGUUUUUAAACCUGAACAUGACCAUCUUCUUGAUGCGUUUCUUCUCCCGGGUAUUGUUUCAGUCUCGUUUAUAGCAGCAACAAGAAGCAAAGAUUGCAUUACUUGCUUCUUAAAUGUAUGACUUGGAUUAUUGUUGGAUUAUUUUUUGUUAUAUCCAGCAGAGCAGAUAAGACUUGCUUCACACUGUAGUACUUAAAUUACUCCCUGAAAUGUUGAUGUUGAAGUAUUUGUUUAAGGUUUUAUCUGUAUUAAGGUCUUGCACUGUGUCGGCUCUUCUCUUGUAACAACUCUUCUAGCAAGAAUGUAAUUCUGGUAGCUAGUGCUAACUUGGUUUGGUAUCUUUUAAUAGACAGAACCUAGUUUUCUGUGCGUUUUACCAUGGGACAUUUGUGAAAGGUUAUUUUUAUCAAAUGACAUUUUCUUUUCAUGCCAUUGUUCACUGAAGAAGUUUAAACUGGAAGCUGGUGUAUGGGUUUUGAGGUGGUUUUGCUCCUGUAUUGCAUGCCUGGACUGAAGGAAACUUGAAGCCAUGUCCAAACCGGAGUUUUUAGCUGAACACCAGUUCAGUAUGUUUGUGUUUGGGGCAUGAGAAUGGUCAUUAGAGCUCCCAUUUAGGCAAAAUGGGAAUGGAGAUCCUGGUGACAGGUGUUCCAGCAGCUGAUGUUAAAAGCAGUUGAACCUCUGCAGUCCUAUGAUAUGUAAUCUAGUUCUUUUUCGGUGUAUUCCCCAUAAUUCCUGAUGGAAAUUUCUGCCAGCUCCAGCACUAUCUACUCUGUGUAUGCUGCCAAACUGGAUUUUGUACCUACCCCUCUAAGAACAGCACAGGCUGGUGCACAGGCUCCUCGCUCUGCAAAUGAGCAUGGAGUGGGCAGAAGAGGCUGUACUGACAGUGCCCUCGUCUUAGAGCAGAUGAGAUGCUGCUCUUCUGUGGUGGGCUGCCAGCAUGCGGCAUGUUUUCUGGCUCAGGAGGGCUUGACUUAGGGGUGUCCUCAAGGAAAAUAUCUUGACUUAUAAGGGUGCACUGUAGUUCAUGUUGAAUAUAAGGCCCACACCGGACAAAAUGUGCAAAGCAUGCCCUUGCAGGACCUGGAAAGUGCAGUCCCUGUUUGGUGGCUGCGUCGAUUCUGUAACAAAGCAGUUUGGAAAGCAGCCGUUUGCUGCCAUUCUGCAUCUCUGCUUUUUGGUAUCGCAGAUUUCCAGUAGUAUAUGAGCUUCCUUGCACAGGAGAGCGUUUGAAAGGUGUGGGUCCAGGGGACAACAAUGUUCAUAGUGUAAAACCAAGCCUCGUUGCUGCUAAAGUCAUGGCUCCAUCAGUGAUGUAGAGUAAAUCUUUCUAAAACUGAAUGUAGGUUAUUGCAGGCCCUACUUAAACUGAUUUGGGGAAGAGCAACAUCAGUCUUCUCUCCUUGCUUUACAGCAGACUUAUUUCUUAGCCUUUUCAUGCAUAGGAAUUCCUGUUUGUGUAUUGCGUUGUCCAGAUGCAAGGAUGUGGCACGAUACUAGGGAACACUCCAGAGAGGGACCUUCCACGUCCUAGAUGCCAACACCACCUUGGCUUUGUGUAUUGAUCCUUAGAGCAGUGAAGGCUUGAGGCUGUUCUGAAGCAGCCAUUUGUACAUGAUCACCUCUUUUCUUAAAAUUCAUGUUUGGCUUCAGAAGCACUCAUGCCUGUGGAGGAGGUGGGUUCUGCCAUCUUCCGAAGGUCACCGCUGGCCAGGGAUCUCCACCUGCCCUUGGGUGGUGGCACGUGGGGCCCAGAGGUCUCAUGGCUGGCCAUCUGAGUGGGACAAGAAUGGCUGCUGUCUGGUUCUGCUUUCUGAGUCACGCACAGCCAUGGCACGUGUGGAACGGCCUGUGGUGUGGCUGCCUGUGGGGUGAGCUGUGCUGGCUUGGGGGUGGUGGAGUCUGGGACCCCAGUGCCAAUGACCUGGACGCAAAGGUUUUACAGGGCAGCCUCACGCUGGUGAGAAUGCCUUGAAAGGGGGAGGUCCAGCACUGUCCCUCUGCUCAAACAGUGUGCAAGCUCCAAAGAAAAGCAGGCUUCAAGUCCUCUGAAGGAUUUUAUGAUGCGUUUCCAAAAAACUUUGGGUUGAACUCACCUCCAUUGGCCAUGUGUAACUCGUAUUUCACACCACAUCCCCAGUCUGACACUUGCUCCUGUUCCUGGAAUCAGCCCUCUGGGCGCAGGAAAGCAGCGCCUUCAUUCCAGUGCUAGAUUCCUGCUGGAGUCACCUAAAGAAAUUAUUUUUACCCCUUUUGGGCUGCGUCUUUUGGAUAGUGUUUAGUAGUAUACAAAUUAUAAGCACAUUUUCAAUGACAUGAAUCAAAGAGGCACCUUUUAUUUGUAUUAAUCACAUUUGAUAGACAAUUUGGUGCCUGCAGUUCUCUGUAACUUAUAAGUGUCUCACUUUGGGUGUAUAAAUUGUUAACCCUUUCAAACUUAUAAAAUAUGGCUAAAUAAAAAAAAUGCUUAGGAUAGAAAAUUAGCAGCUUAAUUACAGUACACUUAUUCCACUGUAAGUGCCCUCAUCCAUCUUAGCUGCAGGGUUGUUUGCUUUCCAAAGCUGAAA